CCGUUCGGUUGACAAGGUGUUGCCAGCUUACGACGUGAAGCACUACAUGUCCUCCAGCGCCAUGCGGUCGGGCAUGGAUGCGUUUGACAGUUGGUACGCAGUGGAGACGAGCAUGUUGAUCGAUAUUCCGUGUCUCGGGGUUACGCGCGGUAGCGAAGCCGAGCGGCGAAUUAUCGAGGCCGCCCUUGAUAUGGCGGAUCCGCAGAAUGUCUGCGUCAGCUUGGUGCUCAGGGUGCCGUUCGACGAGGCCGUGGUCGGCAUCGCCCAGGCGACGGUUUCGGACUUCGCCAAAUACGCUCUCGCCGAUGCGAAGACAACCAGGUUGUCCGGCGUCACCACGGACACCGCCGUCGCGCAGCUGGCCGCCUGGAUGGAUCAGCUGGUCCAAUCGCGCUAA